AUGGCGGGAAUCAUCCCUAAAUUGCUCGCUAAUUGCUCAUCCAUAUCCAAAUCCAAGGUUAAGAAAUCUCGCUUGUCCUCGAAUUUGCGAACGUUCUCUUUGUUCACCGGCACCGAUUCCGAUGAUACACAGACGGCGACUGAUUUGGAGAAGAGCGAUCAUCACCGACAACAUCGUAACGAGUUCCUCUUGGCCUCGCGUACUCUCGGCGGUGACGUAUUUUACGCUCGAAUCUCUAACAAGUACACCAUUAAUCAGCUCCAUUUCCCUAAUACCGAGCGUAGCGUCUAUUUUUAUCCCAAAACCGAAAAUCUCCCAAAGUCCUCAAAUUUGUGUACUUCUGCACUUGACAAUAAAACCAAGAUGGAUGACGAUAAAACUACUGCUGACAAGUUCGUGGUUGAGUAUGGAGAGUGCCUGGACAUAUUUAAGUACUCUCGAUUAAUACUCUCGGCCGAUGAGCGUCAUCAAAACCGGCAAAUCGAUCUUGAUUUCUCCUUCUCGAAGGAUGCUGAUAUUUUUCAUCCACAAUACAGUUGCAAUUCCUUGGUGUUCGCAUGUACAGAUGGUGAGCUGGAGUCUGCUCUUUGGAAUCCGACGACCAAUGAGGUCAAACCCCUUCCGGAAUCAUCCAUUCCUCUCCCGCCUGCGGCACGCAUCUACGUCGAAUCUUGUGCUUUUGGGUUCGACCCGAUUUCUCAGGAUUACAAGGUGAUACGGUUUUUCAAGUUUUAUGAUGAGCAUGGUUUUGAUGUUAACGACAACUCCCGAGCCGAGAUGGAAUGUGUUCACGUUAAUGGAUUUUAUUAUUGGGUGACAUCUGCUGGCAUUCUUGCAUUCGACUUUUCUAAGGAAGAGUUCUUGAACCAUACUCUGAUUUAUCUGCCCCAGACAAUUUCAUUUUGGUCGAACUAUUCUCUUGGUGAGGUAGAUGGGUCACUCGCUUUUCUCGUGUACAAAUCUUGUGACCUUCUGGUGACUACCGACGCGCGUUUUGAAUUUGAAAUAUUGAUAUGGAAUAAUAGUGAAUCAUGUUGGACUCGAGCAAUGUCCGAAAUUGUGACUGGUGCUGCUGUUAACUUCGUGAGAGGCUUCUCGAACAAUGAUAAGUUCCUUCAAGAUAUGAAGGGGGUUUUGUUUGUUUACAACCUUGGGACAAAAGAGUUGAGCCUCAGUUUGUGUUCAGGUCCUCGUGGGCAGUUUAACAUUCUUCCUUAUGUGGAGAGUGACAAACGACUGCUUGUGCCCGGCGCCGCCUCACCACCGGCGAAGAAGGUACAUCGUCACAAGGAGUUCCUCAUGGCCACGCGCUUAAUGGAGGAAGGCGUUGACUACCGCCUUAUCUCAACUCCCGACGAAAGGACUUACAAGGUCCGCCAGCUCAAGUUUCCCGACACCGAGCGCAGCUCUUACUUCUAUCCAGGUGAGAUCAUGGGCCUUUUCAACAACGACAAGUUAUUUCUUCGGGACGAGAAAUCUGAGAUGCCAAUCGGAAGGAAAAACAUUUGUACGCGGAGAGAUGUGGGUCCAAGGUCCUCUGUGGUCAACUCACUCAACAGAGCCACCACCCAAUUUGUGGUCCAUCAUGGCAAAUUCAAGGAUAAUAAAUUAUGUUUGUGUCACUUAACCGUCGAGCAUAAUCCGAACCAAAACGGCCUCGUGGGGAAACACAGUCAUCUUGAUUUUACAUUUUGGAAGCAUAUUAAUUACUUUAAUCCCAUUGAUAGCUGUCGCUCGCUCGUGCUCGUGUCUACUAAUAAGGCGAGUGACCUGCAGUGCGCUCUAUGGAACCCGAUGACUAACGAGGUCAAACCCCUUCCGGAAUCUUCUAUACCCCUCCCACCUUACACGGCAUGCACCGAAAUCAAUUUCCGUGCUUUCGGAUUCGAGCCAGUUUCUCUGGACUACAAGGUGGUGCGCUUUUUGGAGUUCUAUGAUGAAGACCAUGAUGAGGUUAAGGACUACUUCCGAGCGGAAAUCUACUCAUUGAAGAAUGAUUCUUGGAAGGAAAUAGCUCGUCCUUCUCAUCUCCUGGCGUGCGGCUUAUCUGAUCAGCAUAUUCACAUAAAUGGAUUUUGUUAUUGGAGGUCGUUGAGUCAUAUCAUCCCCUUCGACUUAGCGAAGGAAGAGUUGUUGCCUCUUAUUCCUUUGCCCCAAUCGAAAAUUCUUUUUGUUUAUAAACACCGGCUUGCCGAGUUAGAUGGGUCCUUGGCUUCUAUUGUGUAUAGAAGCCCGGAUAUUUUGGUGACUGCCGAGAGGCCUUUUGAGUUUGAAGUUUGGGUUUGGAAUAACGUUGAUUCGUGGACUCGAGUCGUGUCUGAAACAAUCACUGGUGCUGCUGUGAAAGAUGUACUCGGCUUCUUCAAUAGUGACAAAUUGUUUCUUGAAGACAUGAAGGAUGAUGUGCUUGUGUAUGACCUUCCGACAUCUGAGUUGACCAAUAGGGGUUUUUGUGCUGGACCUAGUGUAUGCAAUCGGAUUUAUCCUUAUGUCGAGAGCAAGGAGCCAAUCGGAACCUACCUACGUUUUGGAUUUGAAAUAUGGAUAUGGAAUAAUGGUGGAUCAUAUUGGACUCGAGGAAUGUCCGAAAAUGUGACUGGUGCUGCUGUUAAGUUCGUGAGAGACCUCUGCUUCAGGGGGGCUUUUGAUGAAAGCAUGGCCACCAUCCGUCUCAAUUUCUCCGGCUUUAUCCAUAGGGCAUCGCCGGAGCCCCUCACCACCGUUUCAGUUAUGACGGCGGUAACCCAAAGUCCAAUGUGCUAUUUACGAGGUUUGGGAUUUAACCCUGGCAUGCCAAUGUCCAGAUCUUAUGGAAAAGAUGAAAUUGUUAUAUCUACCACUAACACCGAAAACCUGACACUUAAAUUGCCCAGGGCGCAUAGGGAGGGUGUGGUCGUGAGGACGGAGGAGGCGAAACCCAUGGUCAUAUGUGAAGAAGAAGGCAAAUACGAUGUGGGUCUCCCAAUGGAGCUCUGCAAGCGGGAAGAGAUCCGGGUGGGGAUGUUCGGGAACGAGCUAGAAGUUGUAAUUCCCAGGGGCGGCGGCCGAGGAGUAAACACUUGGCUCACUACUACAUCCACCACACCCUUCACCUCCUCGGCCGCUGCUCCGAACUCUUGGGAAUUACAACCUCUAGCUCGUUCUCGGACAUCCAUGCCCGGAUCUCUUCCCGGCAGAGCUCCAUUGGGAGCCCCACAUAAAGGAAAGUGUUCCCUAAAUAGCACAUUGGACUUUGUGGUUACUGACGUCGGAACUGAAACGGUGGUGAGAGGCUCCGGCGAUACCCCUACGAAUAAAGCCAGAGAAAUUGAGACGGAUGAGGCGGGACCUUCUAUUAAAAGAAAUAUAGGGCGGGAUGGGAAGAAGUUUUCGACGCGGCGCAACAAGAAGGAUGGUGGAGGAGAUAAGGAUGACCAAAGAAGCCCCGAACCGAGCACCUGGAGGGGAACGCCCGACGACUCUAGACAGAUCUGGCCAGGAGCCUAUUGUAAUGUUCCAGUGUACCACCGGAGCAGCUUAAAGGUCGUGGACAGGAGAGUGAGGGUAGCAGAAUUGAUGUUGAGAUGUGUCAUUUGUGUUUUAGCCAUUCUUUGUGCUGUGCUAAUUGCCACUGAUACUCAGUUUCUUGGUAAUAGUCAAUGGUUUAAUUGCCUCCUAUUCACUUGCCCAAGUCUUGAGGUGUGUUGUGAAUAUGAUGAGAGGAAGUGUGCUUGGGCCAUUUUCUCACGUGAUCAG